GAUACAAACCCACUUACUUGGACCAUCAAAUCCCACAUUCCACACAAACUUGAGAAGUCCCUGAUUAAUUUCUACGCACUACUACUAAUUCUAAUCAUGCCUGCCGCUGUGUUGCAUGUAGCCGAAGGGGUUGCUUUGCCUGAGACCAAACAGCUUCAACCCACCUACGAAAAUCCCAUUUCCACUCUACCAACCGUCCCUGAGGCUGAGCUUUGUGAUGGCUCUAUCCCUAUCAUUGAUUUGGAAGCCCUUCAUGGUCCUCGCCGUUCCCAUAUCGUCAAACAACUCGGCCAUGCGUGCCAACACAAAGGUUUCUUUGCGGUGAAGAACCAUGGAAUUCCAAAGACAGCUGUUAACAACAUAUUCGACACAACAAGGGAGUUUUUCCAUCUGCCGGAGGAAGAAAGAAUGAAAUUCUACACUCCUGACCCUAACAGUGACAUCAGGCUAAUGACAGCGUAUAAAGAUGAGGUUGAAAAUGUCUUCGUCGCAAGGGAAUCUUUGAAAUUCCAUUGUCACCCUGUUGAAGAUUAUGUGAACAAAUGGCCUACAAAUCCUCCUUCCUUCAGGAAGAAAGCUGCUGAGUAUUUGACAAAUGUUAGAAGGGUGGAGAUGACACUACUUGAUGCAAUAUCAGAGAGCUUAGGCCUGGAAAGAGAUUACAUAGAGAAGAGAUUGGGUGGACAUUAUGUAUCAUUGAACUACUAUCGAGCUUGUGAACAAUCAGAACUAGAGCUUACUUAUGGAGUGCGUGGCCAUACUGAUCCAACUAUAAUAACUAUGCUGUUGCAAGAUGAUGUGCCUGGACUUCAGGUUCUAAGUGAGGGAAAGUGGAUGGAUGUUAAUCCUAUUCCAGACACAGUGGUUGUCCAUGUUGGAGAUCUUCUGCAGGCAAUUAGCAAUCAUCGAUACAAGAGUUUGCUCCAUCAAGCUAUAGUAAAUUGCGAGAAGGAGCGUAUGUCCAUCGCCUCUUAUUGUUAUCCAUCAUCUGAUGCUACAAUAGGACCUCCUAAGAAGUUGAUAGACACUGAUCAUCCAGCAAUCUAUAAAGAUUUCACAUUCGGAGAAUUCAGUAAACAGAUGUGGAAAGUGAUAACGCCAACUGAUAAGCGCCUGGACUUUUUCAAGUGCUCUGCUGCCUGACCAUUUUAGCUUCUGAGAUAUAUAAUAAUGAAUAUAUAGCAGUGUUGCUGAAUGUAUAAUAAUGAAUAUAUAAUAACUUUCAGUUUUUUUUGGUUAAAUAAUAGUCCAAUUCAAUGCCCCAAAUACUUACAAGAGUGAACCCAAAUGAUGUAAUUUUGUAGUUGUUCUGAAAUUGAUCAGUCCAGGUAAAUUAUUUAGCAAAUAAAAUGUUGCACAGUAAAUUUAAUUUUGAAAAGCUAGAGGGUAUUGGUAGAGGAUUUUCAGUGUCAAUAUAUCUCCUUACUUGUGUAAUUGACUUAAUUUUAUCCAUCAAAUAAAUCCUACUUGAUUCGCAA